UUUUUGGGACGAUGGGAGGGACCCACGGGAGAAUUUCCAGCCCCGUGAUUUGCUAAUCGGGGGCCCCGGUUUCUCCCCUCAAGUGUAAACGUCGCUGCGGUGCGCGCAGGAUCUUUUCCCCCCUCCGGCCCUCCUCCUCGCCCCCUGGACCCAGCAAAGUGUAGCCAGUGCACGCAGAGCCCGGGAACGGAGGAUCGGGGGCCCCGAGACACGAGAGGCGUUUACAACUCCCCACUCAUGGCUUUCUUCUAGUGGAAAAGGGCUUUAAGAACCGAACGAAAAAAAAAACCCAACACCCUCAAAACCUUGAAAAGUCGCACCGAGGCUUGACGGCGAGCAUGGAGACGCACAGGUGGUCCACCAGGUGGAAAACGAAAAGGUGGCUUAUGGAUUCCACUCUGGCGACAUUGCUCACCUUUACCCUGCUUCUACAGGCGUCCACGGAAGCGCAGCAGGUGGACGUGCUCCAAAUUUUAGGAUUUCAAAAUUACCCCCAAGGAGUGACGAAGACGCCUGGAUUCUGCACAAACCGGAGAGCGUCCAAGCCGGACGCCGCUUACAGAGUUGGCGAGCAGAUCCAGAUCAGCGCCCCCACCACGCAGCUGUUCCCUGAUGGCGUUUUCCCCGAAGACUUCUCCAUCCUGACCACGGUGCGCCCCAAGUCCGGCCUCCAGUCCUUCCUGCUGUCCGUCUACAACCAGCGGGGGGUCCAGCAGCUCGGCGUGGAAUUGGGACGUUCGCCCGUCUUCUUGUACGAGGACCAGACGGGCAAGCCGGCCCCGGAGGACUACCCUCUCUUCCGCACCCUCAACCUGGCCGACGGGAAGUGGCAUCGUGUGGCCAUUAGCGUGGAGAAAAAAACGGUCACCAUCAUCGUCGACUGCAAGACCAAGGUCACCAAGCCUCUCCUCAGAAGUGACCACACCUCCAUCAGCACCGACGGCGUUACCGUCUUUGGCACCAGGAUCCUGGAUGAAGAGUUUUUCAAGGGUGACAUCCAGCAGCUUCUGAUGGUGUCCGACUCCAAAGCGGCGUACGACUACUGUGAACAUUACAGCCCGGACUGUGACACACCUCACGGGGAGUCCUUGCAGGCCCAGCAGGCCCAGGAAGAGUACACCACUGAUGGUUUAGACUACUCUCAGUUCUAUGAUUAUGCCGAGGGAGCCGCGGACCUCCUUCCCACCGACGACGAGUAUACUGAGCCGCAGCUAAACAAUGUAGAAGGAGAUUACAAAACAGGCAUUGACUACGGAACUGUAGAUGAUUCUCAGACUCAGUCCCCCUUUGCCACGCAUGGACCCAGUCAGGCUGUGGAGGAGGAUGCGAUCGGUGAUUAUGUCACCGAAGCCUCCCCCCUUGCUCCGGAGCCCGCCGUUGUCCCAGAAACGGCGGACAGCGUGGACGCCGGUGCGGAAGAAUAUGACUUGAAGGACUAUGACCUAAAGGAGUAUGACUUGGGCGAGGGUGACAACAGGUUGUAUGAUUACGGGGCAUAUGACGAGUACGGCGCCGGCCCCUCGAAGCCUACGGACGAGGACGUGGGGCCUGGGGUGGCCGCCGAAACGGAGAGCACCGUCGCCGGGACCGGAGGAGUCCUGGGCGUGAAGGGAGAGAAAGGCGAGCCGGCUGUGAUCGAACCGGGAAUGCUGAUUGAAGGACCACCAGGACCCCCUGGCCCAGCUGGUCUCCCAGGUCCCUCCGGCUUACAAGGACCCCCAGGCACUGCCGGAGAUUCCGGUGACAGAGGUCCUCCUGGUCGUGCUGGGCUGGCCGGAGCCGACGGCUUGCCAGGGCCCCCCGGUACCAUGCUCAUGUUGCCGUUCCGUUUCGGCGGGGACGGCGAGAAGGGUCCGGUGGUGUCGGCGCAGGAAGCCCAAGCUCAGGCCAUUCUCUCCCAGGCCAGAUUGGCCAUGAGGGGACCUCCGGGGCCGAUGGGCUUGACAGGAAGAUCGGGGCCGGUGGGCCUGCCAGGUUCUAAUGGGCUGAAGGGUGAAGCUGGAGACCACGGCCCUCAGGGUCCCCGUGGCGUUCAAGGGCCUCCCGGACAAACUGGGAAAGCCGGAAAAAGGGGCCGUGCAGGAGCUGACGGUGCACGCGGCAUGCCUGGAGAGCCAGGCAGCAAGGGUGACCGAGGCUUUGAUGGACUCCCUGGACUGCCCGGUGAAAAAGGACACAGAGGCGAGCCGGGGCCAAUGGGACCCACCGGUGCUUCUGGAGAGGACGGACAGAGGGGCGAAGAUGGAGAGAUUGGGCCCCGAGGGUUGGCUGGCGAGAGUGGUCCAAGAGGUUUAUUGGGACCCCGCGGUUCCCCGGGACCCCCUGGAUCACCUGGUGUUGCUGGGGUUGAUGGGCCACCCGGUCCAAAAGGAAACAUGGGCCCGCAAGGAGAACCCGGACCACCGGGCCAACAAGGCAUCUCAGGGACUCAGGGUCUCCCCGGUCCCCAAGGCCCUAUUGGACCACCCGGUGAAAAGGGACCGCAGGGCAGGUCAGGUUUACCUGGACUACCCGGGGCUGACGGACCCCCUGGUCAUCCUGGCAAGGAGGGUCCGGCCGGGGAGAAAGGAGGCCAGGGUCCGGUGGGUCCACAAGGUCCCAUUGGUUACCCUGGCCCUCGUGGUGUCAAGGGUGCCGACGGUGUCCGAGGGCUGAAAGGCUCAAAGGGAGAGAAGGGUGAAGAUGGCUUCCCUGGCUUCAAAGGCGACAUGGGGAUCAAAGGAGACCGGGGUGAGCUCGGCAUGUUGGGGCCCCGCGGAGAGGACGGUCCUGAGGGUCCGAAGGGUCGGUCUGGCCCCAACGGGGAGUCGGGUCCCCUCGGUCCGGCUGGAGAGAAGGGUAAACUGGGAGUUCCAGGAUUGCCGGGAUAUCCAGGAAGACAAGGACCCAAGGGCUCAAGCGGUUUCCCGGGCUUCCCUGGAGCCAACGGAGAGAAAGGUGCCAGGGGUGUUGCAGGCAAAGCUGGUCCGAGAGGGCAAAGAGGUCCAACGGGUCCUCGUGGGGCUCGAGGAGCCAGAGGUCCAACUGGAAAGCCUGGGGCCAAGGGCACGUCGGGCAACGACGGUCCCCCGGGCCCGCCUGGUGAGAGAGGUCCUCAAGGACCUCAGGGACCAGUGGGUUUCUCCGGGCCAAAGGGGCCACCUGGACCGCCUGGGAAGGACGGACUGCCCGGACACCCCGGCCAGCGUGGUGAGACAGGUUUCCAAGGAAAAACGGGUCCACCAGGCCCAGGAGGUGUCGUUGGGCCUCAGGGACCCACGGGAGAGACCGGUCCAGUCGGUGAGAGAGGCCACCCCGGACCCCCUGGUCCACCUGGAGAGCAGGGUCUCCCCGGAGCUGCUGGCAAGGAGGGAGCAAAGGGGGACCCCGGACCGCAGGGUUCAUCCGGUAAGGACGGUCCUCCCGGUCUCAGAGGCUUCCCGGGAGAGAGAGGUCUACCUGGCGCCACGGGUCCAGCGGGUCUGAAGGGGGGAGAGGGUCCCCAGGGUCCACCUGGUCCUGUCGGCUCUCCUGGUGAGAGAGGUCCUGCCGGUUCAGCCGGUCCCAUCGGCCUGUCGGGUCGACCUGGCCCCCAAGGUCCCCCGGGGCCUGCUGGGGAGAAAGGUGCACCUGGAGAGAAAGGACCCCAAGGUCCAGCCGGCCGCGAUGGAGUCCAGGGUCCCGUGGGUCUGCCCGGCCCCGCCGGACCCCAGGGUCCACCCGGAGAGGAUGGCGAUAAGGGAGAGGUUGGAGAACCUGGACAGAAAGGAAGCAAAGCUGAUAAGGGCGAGCAAGGUCCUCCUGGACCGGCUGGUCUUCAAGGUCCCAUCGGUGCCCCGGGUCCUGCUGGAGCUGAUGGAGAGCCUGGUCCUAGGGGUCAGCAGGGUAUGUUUGGACAGAAGGGAGAUGAAGGCGCCAGAGGUUUCCCCGGACCACCUGGUCCCAUCGGCCUGCAGGGACUUCCGGGGCCUUCUGGUGAGAAGGGCGAGAACGGUGACGUGGGCCCCAUGGGUCCUCCUGGUCCCCCUGGUCCUCGAGGUCCUCAAGGUCCAAGCGGAGCCGAUGGUUCACAAGGUCCCCCUGGCGGUGUUGGCCCUGUGGGUUCCGUGGGAGAGAAGGGUGAACAAGGUGAGGCUGGGAACCCAGGACCCCCUGGAGAGCCUGGUACUGGGGGACCCAAAGGCGAGAGAGGAGAGAAGGGAGAAGCCGGACCCCCUGGUGCUUCCGGCCCCGCAGGCGCCAAAGGACCCCCCGGAGAUGACGGUCCGAAGGGUAACCCUGGGCCCGUCGGAUUCCCCGGAGACACGGGUCCUCCCGGAGAGCCAGGUGUCGCGGGAACAGACGGAGAAUCGGGAGAAAAGGGAGAAGAUGGUGAAGCUGGUCAGCCGGGACCUCCGGGUCCGUCAGGUGAAGCCGGUCCACCUGGACCCCCGGGCAAGCGUGGACCUCCGGGAGCUGCCGGUGCUGAGGGCCGACAGGGAGAAAAGGGCGCUAAGGGUGAAGCUGGGUCUGAGGGUCCGGCUGGUAAAACGGGACCCGUCGGGCCUCAGGGACCUGCCGGAAAGCCUGGUCCGGAGGGUCUACGUGGAAUCCCCGGCCCAGUUGGUGAACAAGGACUGCCCGGCUCUGCAGGACAAGACGGUCCGCCUGGUCCCAUGGGUCCUCCAGGACUUCCCGGCCUGAAAGGUGACCCGGGCUCCAAGGGUGAGAAGGGACAUCCGGGUCUGAUCGGUUUGAUCGGACCACCCGGUGAGCAAGGCGAGAAGGGAGACCGAGGUUUGCCCGGACCCCAAGGUUCACCCGGUGGCAAGGGCGACAAUGGUAUCGGUGGGUCAUCAGGUCCUCUCGGGCCCCCUGGACCCCCUGGUCUACCGGGUCCUCAAGGUCCUAAGGGAGCCAAGGGUUCAUCCGGUCCAGCCGGUUCCAAGGGAGACACGGGUUCCAUCGGUCCUCCGGGUCCUCCUGGUCCCCCGGGUGAGGUCAUCCAGCCCCUACCAGUCCGCUCCCCCAAGAAGACCAAGCGCUCCAGCGACACGCAGUCCGACGCCGCCGGCACGUUCAUGGACUACGGCGAGGGCAUGGAGGACGUCUUUGGCUCGCUCAACAACCUCAAACAGGAUAUUGAGCGUAUGAAAUACCCCAUGGGCACGCAGAACAACCCAGCCAGGACAUGCAAAGACCUGCAGCUCAGCCACCCGGAAUUCCCUGACGGUGAAUACUGGAUUGAUCCCAACCAAGGCUGCUCCGGGGAUUCCUUCAAAGUCUACUGCAACUUCACGGCCGGAGGAGAAACCUGCAUCCACCCGGAUAAGAAGUCCAACGGGGUCAGAAUAUCUUCAUGGCCCAAAGAAGUUCCUGGGUCGUGGUUCAGUGAAUUUAAGCGUGGAAAAAUACUUUCCUACGUGGACGCGGAGGGCAACGCCAUCAACUUGGUGCAGAUGACCUUCCUCCGACUGCUGACCGCUUCGGCCCGGCAGAACUUCACCUACAGCUGCCACCAGUCGGCCGCCUGGUACGACGCCGGCAGCCAAGGCUACGGCAAGUCGCUGCGUUUCCUGGGCGCCAAUGACGAGGAGAUGUCGUACGACAACAAUCCCUACAUCAAGGCCCUCUCGGACGGAUGCGCGACGAGGAAGGGCUACGGAAAGACUGUGAUGGAGAUCAACACUCCCAAAAUCGAUCAGGUUCCGAUCAUCGACGUCAUGUUGACCGACUUCGGGGACCCCAAUCAGAAGUUCGGCUUCGAAGUCGGGCCCGUCUGCUUCCUUGGCUAAAAUAAAACCACACGAGAUAAGGAAACCAAAAAAAAAAAAAAAAAGGACUUGAUGGGGACUUAACCCCGCCGCCCCUCCCCCCUCCUCCCUCCAUUUCCUUCGCCACAUGCAAGUUUUGAACGAGUGUAGCAAACAUGUCCUGUCCGUGUCUGCACGAGCACAAAAAAAAAAAGGGUGAAGGACAUUUCGAUGAGGAGGUGAGGCGACACAGGUGGACACGGACCUCCUCUCUGGAUCUUAAAGGUGCUGUACCGGAACCAAUGGUGCUUGUUUAAAGACACACACACUCACACACACACACACACACACACUGGUUUUUGUUCAUGACUUGUGGGGACCACCCUUUCUACAGGUUGUGGGGGCAUACAAAAAAUGAGGUACUACUUCAGAAUGGAUCAGACUAUCAUUUAAAAAGGUUUCCCUUAAGAGGACCUGUUUUUUUUUUUGUCCCCCUACCGUCAGAGGUCCCCUAAAGGUGUGUAAACAGAGCGAUGUCCCCAUUAAGUAAUAAUUGCCAGAACAUACACAUACAAGUUUGUGUUCAUGACUUGUGGGGACCACCCUUUCUACAGGUUGUGGAGGCACACAAAAAAUGAGGUACUACUUCAGAAUGGAUCAGACUAUCAUUUAAAAAGGUUUCCCUUUAGACGACCUGUUUUUUUUUUGUCCCCCUACCGUCAGAGGUCCUCUAAAGGUGUGAAAACAGAGCGAUGUCCCCAUUAAGUAAGAAUUGCCAGAACACACACACACAAGUUUGUGUUCAUGACUUGUGGGGACCACCCUUUCUACAGGUUGUGGGGGCAUACAAAAAAUGAGGUACUACUUCAGAAUGGAUCAGACUAUCAUUUAAAAAGGUUUCCCUUUCGGGGACCUGUUUUUUUUUUUGUCCCCAUACCGUCAGAGGUCCCCUAAAGCUGUGUAAACAGAUGUCCCCAUUAAGUAAGAAUUCACCAGAACACACACAUACAAGUUUUUCUUCAUGACUUUUUGGGACCACCCUUUCUACAGGUUGUGGAGGCAUACAAAAAAUGAGUUACUACUUAAGAAUGGAUCAGACUACCAUUUAAAAAGGUUUCCCUGUUUUUUUUGUCCCCAUACCGUCAGAGAUCCCCUAAAAGUGUGUAAACAGAGCGAUUAAGUAAGAAUUGCCAGAACACACACACACACACACACAUACAAGUUUUUGUUCAUGACUUGUGGGGACCACCCUUUCUACAGGUUGUGGCGGCACAAAAAAAAUGAGGUCAAAUGGCCACUGCCCAAUUAGCUCAUACACGUCUUUAAAUCUCUGGAUUUAUGAAGUAACGUGCUGUUCAUACUUACUGGGGAACCUGGGGAAAAAGAGUUCAUAUGGUUCAUGUGGACCAGAUUUCAAAUAUUUUGCAUCAUUCACACAAAUUUGUACGUGACUACUGAGGACCAUUAAAAAAAAAAGCAGCGAGUGCAGUACCAGCUUCUUCAGAAUGGAUCAGACUAUCAUUUGAAAAGGUUUCCCUUUCGGGGACCUGUUUGGUUUGUGCCAUCAAAGGUCCUCUAAAGGUGUGUUAACAGAGUGAUGUCCCCAUUAAGUAAGAAUUGCCAGAACACACACUCACAUAUACUGGUUAUCAUUUGGAUUGGGGACCAAGUUUUUGUUCACGACUUUUGGGGACCACUCUUUCUACAUGUUGUGGAGGCCUAACAAAAAUGAGGUAAAAUGGCCACGGCCCAGUUAGCUCAUACACAUCUUUUUUGUAAACAGUGCAAUGUCCCCAUUAAGUCCGAAUUGCCAGACCACACACACACACACUGCCACACAUACACACACACACACACACACACACACACACACACACACAAGGGUGCUAAGAAAAGGAAGAAUAAUAAUAAAAAAAACUGUAAUUAUUUUGUACAUUACUGUUAUUUCUGAAUCCACUUUCAAAACUUGCAUGUGCCGUCACAUUUCCCGGCUCUCUUUUUUUGAAGUCCAGCCAAUACCGUGUCGCCUUUUUUUUUCCAUUUUUUCCCAGGAGGCAAAUAAAGUGAGCGUCCAAGCCAAAUGUAGACGUUGCCCUUUGUAAAUAUCGACGGUCCAAAGCUUGAGUUCCCAACAACCACACACUCACGUCAUGGCAUUCAUUUAAUUAAUUUAAUUCUAUUGUUGUUGCCUUUCUUCUUUUUUUUCCCCCUGUUUUUAUUUCCUCUGACAGGCUUUUCAUUUUGGUUUUAUACCUCAGACUUUCUUGAUUACCUUUUGGGGAUGCAAGGAUGUUGUAUAUACCUUAAUUAAUUAAGCAAGUACGUUGAUAUAUUUUUCGGUGGGGAUUUUUUUAUGUUUUGUUUUGUUUUUGUUUUUUUUUCCAAAGAGGCAGUCACGCGACUGCUGAACAUCCACUGUUCCCAAAAAAAACAACAACACACACUUCUGUGAAUGCAAUGAGAAGGUGACCCGUUUUUGUAACUAAAGAGAAAAUGUUUUAAUGUUGCUUUUUAUAGUUCAAUUAAAUAUUAAAACUGGAUUCUAAACAACAGUGAAA